AUGGGCAACAUCGAGUCCUUCAGCCGUGGAGUGCUCGCCCUGCUCAACGAGUUCAAGAAAGUCGUGGGACAGUAUCUACCAAACGACUCUCGUUGGGAAGCGUGCCUAAGUGGGAGAUUCAACCGCUGGCGAAGCGGUGAGAUCCGUCUCAUCAUUUCAUUUCGACGGGUAGGCAUUGGUAGGUGCAAUGAAGCUGGUCGGGAUCGGUUGGUGCCGCUCCAUCGCCUUCGUCUCUGGCUUGCACGAGCCCGGCCCGUCACAGGUCGCCCCCCCACGCUAACUCAAGACCAUGAACGCCCAACCCAAGAAGAAGAAGAAGAAGAAGAAGAGGAGGAGGAGGAGGAGGAGGAGGAGGAGGAGUUUCCAACCAACAGAGAUGGUGGCUAUAUCCAUGAGGGAUAA